AUGGCUUUCCUCCGGAGGCUUUUCCGCUUGGGUCCGGAGAAGAAGAAGCCGAGGCGGUGCGAGCAUGUCAAGCGGGACGUCGACCCCGAGGAGGCCUGGCUGGUGCUGGGCGAGCUGGGCGACGGGGCCUUCGGCAAGGUCUUCAAGGCACAAAACAAGGCAACGGGGGCGCUGGCGGCGGCGAAGGUGAUCGAGACACCGAGCGAGGAGGAGCUGGAGGAUUACGUGGUGGAGAUCGAGAUCCUGGCGGGCUGCGACCACCCCAACAUCACCAAGCUCCUGGACGCGCUCUACUGGGACGGGCGGCUCUGGAUCUUGGUGGAGUUUUGUCCCGGCGGGGCCGUGGAUGCAGCGAUUUUGGAGCUGGAGAAGGGCCUGACGGAGGAGCAGAUCCGAGCGGCGUGCAAGCAGCUGCUGCUGGCGCUGCAGUACCUGCACGGCUGCAAGAUCAUCCACCGCGACGUGAAGGCCGGCAACGUCCUACUCACCCUCGAUGGGGACAUCAAGCUGGCCGAUUUCGGCGUCUCUGCGAAAAACUCCAGCACCAUCCAGCGCCGGGCAUCCUUCAUCGGCACCCCAUACUGGAUGGCCCCGGAGGUGGUGCAGUGUGAGACGUCCAAGGAGAACCCCUACGGCUACAAGGCCGACAUCUGGUCCCUGGGCAUCACGCUGAUCGAGAUGGCCGAGAUGGAGCCCCCCCACCACGAGCUGAACCCCCUGCGGGUGCUGCUGAAGAUCGCCAAGUCCCAGCCGCCCACCCUGCGUCACCCCAAGAGGUGGUCCGAAGACUUUAAGGACUUCCUGAGGAAAUCCUUGGAGAAGAGCCCCGAGGCGCGCUGGUCAGCCACGCAGCUGCUGCAGCACCCCUUCGUGGCGGGCGUCUCCGACAAGCGGCCGCUGCGGGAGCUGGUGGCCGAGGCCCGGGCAGACGUGCUGGAGGAAGAGGAUGAGGAGGAAGCUCCGGUCCCCUCGCCUGUCCAGGAGCAUGGAGGCUCCUCCUGCCCCCCAUCCCCGAGGGGGCCCCUUGAGCAUCAGCCCCCAGCCCCAGCGGGGGGGCUCGGCGAGGAGCCCCCCAUCCGGACGGAGGUAGUGCCCAGGAGCAAGACAGCCUCCGGUGACUUGAAGCCAGUGAGGAGGAAAUCCUCGCCCAUGCCCACGGGCUCCCUGAGGCUCCCCUCGAGGAAGCCGUCCGAAUUCCUCAAGCUGAUGCGGCGCAGGUCGCUCUUCGGGGGGGUCAAGUCCCAAGAAACAGCUCGGGAGCAGCCCGGGGGGGAGGCAAGCAGCUUGGAGCGGAUGGCGCUGGGUGCGCCCCAAGGGACGGCGGAGGCAGGAGGAGACAUCCAGGGGUGCCAGCAGGAGGGGAGCAUCCCUCCAGGGACCCCCUGCACCCCCGCUGAGCCCCCCCCGGGGCCAGGCCAGGAGGGAGACCUUCCUGAAAUGCAAGAACCCCGACUUGGACCUGAGGCUGAGGAGGGAAGCCAACACACCGAUACAGCGCCCGUGGAUGAAACGCCUACGGAGGGACAGCUCGCAGCGCCGCUGAGCCCUGUUUCACCCCCCAAAACUGAUGAGAAAAAGGAAUCAAGCGAUGCUGCUGCUCGUAGCUCUCCGGUCCUGCCCAGGCCCCCAGGUGGAGCUGAUGGGGACCAGUGCGGAGGCUCGGCCGCGGGGGUGCUGGGUGAGGACCCAGGAGGACGGAGGACGAAGCAGCGCCUGGGCUGUGCUGGCGCCCACGCCGAGCAGCAACCGUGGGGCGGCUCCCAGCUGGUGGCAGCCCUGGACCUGUGGCCCUUGUGGACCAAAGCCCAGAGCUUCAAGAGGCUCGCAGAGCAUCAGUGUUGGGUCACGGCGCCCUUGCGAGGUCUGAAAGUUGAGGCUGGCUCCAUUGGGGCUGGAGGUGGCCCUGGGAAGGACGGGGACGGAGCAGAGAGGGCACCCACGGGACCUGGAGGUGAUGGGGAGCCUGAGGACACCAAUCCAGAGGGGGAAAGGGUGCUGCAGGAGGGGGCAUCACUGGUGCCCCGUGCGAUGGAGGAGGAAGCUGUGGGGUCAGAAGUGCUCGAGGGGGGGCAGGAGCCCCCGACCGGAUGGGGAGAGGAUGGAGAGAGGAACGAGGGGGAGAAAAACUCAGCCGACUGCGAGCCCAUUGCUGGCUCCUCAGCCCUGGUUAGGCAGGAGGUGGGAAGGGAGGAGGAAAAAGCCACCAACAAUGAUGAAACUCUGGUGGAAACUUCUCCCAGUGAAGCCCCGGUGCCGGCAGAAGCCCAAAUGGAAGAUGGCGUUGGGGAAGGGCGUUUGGCUGGAGACCCCAACGCAGCGGGGGAUGCAGCCAGCCUGGCCGAGCCGAUGCCGGUGGGAGAGGAGCUGGAAGCAGCCCCUGCAAGAGGGGGACCUGUCGGUGAGGGAGCCCAGAGUGCAGCAGGGGAUUCAUCCAGUGUGGAGAUCCCGGGGGCGCUUAAAGAAGCGGAAGAGAAAGCAGAGAACAGUCCCAGAGACAACAUGCCAGGGGAUGCUAAUGGGAAUGGCUGGAGGGGACACGAUGGGGACGACGGAGAGCUCGGAGAUGGGGCACAGCUCGCUCCAGCUCCUGGAGGGCCUUUGAGGGAUGGACCCGAAGAGGAGCCACAGGAUCCCCCCUCGCUGCGAAGGACGGUGAGGAAAACCCGCAGGUUCGUGGUGGACGGCGAGGAGGUGAGCGUGACGACCGCCAGGACGGCCAGCAGGGCUGGGCCGAGGGACGAGAAGACGCGCUCGGCUCGGCGCCAGGAGCUCCGCGAGCUGCGGGUGCUGCAGAAGGAGGAGCAGCGGGCGCAGAGCCAGCUGGAGCAGAGGUUCCACCAGCAGCGGGAGCAGAUGUUCCGCCACAUCGAGCAGGAGAUGACGAGCAAGAAGGAGUACUACGACCGGGAGGUGGGGAGCUGGGAGCGGCGCCACCGGCAGCUGAAGGAGUGCCAGGAGCUCAAGUACACGGCCAGGCUGCGCGACGAGGCCAAGCGCCUCAAGGCCCUCCAGGAGAAGGACUGCAGGAGGAGGCUGCAGGAGCUGAAGGGCGAUGGGAAGGAGGAGCAGCGGUUCCUGCAGCAGCAGCAGCAGGAGCUCAACGCGGCGCUGCAGAGGGUGGUCCAGGAGCACAAGAAGAAGAUGACGUCCAUCGACUGGGAGUGCAUCAGCAAGAUCCACAGCCUCCGACGAGCCCGCGAGGCGGUGGUGUGGAGCAUGGAGCAGGGGCACCUGCAGGAGAAGUACCAGCUCUUCAGGCAGCAGGUGAUGGAGCAGCACGCGCUGCAGCGGCAGCAGCUCCGCAGGCGCCACGAGAAGGACACGGAGCGGGCGCACCGCUUCCACCAGCUCUCGCUGGAGGAGCUGAGGAGCCAGCAGGCCCAGGAGCGGGCCCAGCUGCUGAAAAGCCAGCGCUGCGAAGCCAAAACGCGCCUGGCCCUCUUCAAGGGCAACCUGAAGAGCCAGGUCAACGGGGCCGAGCAGAGAGAGCUGGCCAAGCAGUUCCUGCAGCAGGAGGAGAGGCGGCAGCAGGCGGAGGUGCGGCAGCAGCAGGAGCAGCAGGCGCAGGAGCUGCAGCAGCUGCAGCGGCAGCAGGCCGAGAGCUUGGUGGAGCUGGAGCAGAUGCAGAGGGAGAAGAUGCAGCUGCUGGAGGACCAGGAGAGGAGGCAGUUGGGGCGGCUGGACGAGGAGCACGCCAUGGAGCUCAGCGAGUGGAAGCAGCGGUUGGCUGCCCGCAAGGAGAUGCUGGAGGAGGAGCUGGGGAACGCGCUGCCAGCGCAGCGGCACAGAGAGCUGCACGGCACCCACGGCGGCAGCAGGACCAGCCGCUUCUUCCACCUCCCCUCCUGA